CCUCUACUCCCUGGAUCUCCACGACGGCUGAGUUCGAGGACAGUGGCCAGAGGAGGCCAGGGUCCCAAACAGUACCUCAAAGUGCCAAGUCCACGGGUCCCAGGUCAGAGGGAUAGUUCUAGCCAGCACUCUAGCCAGGUCUCCAGGAGAGCGUGUUCCCGUGACAGCACUGUCAUCAAUAACUACCUGGACGCCAAUGAAGCCCCGUCGGAAGCCCGUCUGAGCCGAAUGCACUUCCAUGACAACCAGAGGAAAGUUGACUAUGUGCUUGCGUACCACUACCGGAAACGAGGAGCACACCAGGGGCAUGGCUCCCCUGGACAUUCACUGGCUGUUAUCUCCAAUGGGGAGACAGGCAAGGAGCGCCGUGCAGGAGGCCCCGGUGAUGUCGAACUUGGGCCGCUGGAUGCUCUGGAAGAGGAAAGGAGGGAGCAGCGAGAUGAAUUUGAACACAACCUGAUGGCGGCUGGGCUGGAGCUGGAGAAGGACUUGGAGAGCAAAAGCCAGGGAUCUGUCUUUGUCCGGAUCCACGCCCCAUGGCAGGUGCUGGCCAGGGAAGCAGAAUUCUUGAAGAUCAAAGUCCCCACCAAGAAAAUGUAUGAGAUCAAAUCAGGAGGCAGCAUCGCGAAGAAGUUCAGUGCCAUUCUGCAGACGCUUAGCUCACCCCUGCAGCCAAGGGUUCCUGAACACAACAACAACAGGAUGAAAAACCUCUCCUACCCGUUCUCCAGGGAAAAAAUGUACCUGUACAACAUCCAGGAAAAGGACACCUUCUUUGACAACGCCACACGGAGCCGCAUUGUACAUGAGAUUCUGAAGCGCACAGCCUGUUCUCGAGCCAACAACACGAUGGGUAUUAAUUCUCUGAUAGCAAACAAUAUCUAUGAGGCUGCCUACCCACUUCAUGAUGGUGAAUAUGAUAGUCCAGGGGAUGACAUGAAUGACAGGAAGCUGCUGUAUCAGGAAUGGGCACGCUAUGGAGUGUUUUAUAAAUUUCAACCCAUUGACCUCAUCAGGAAGUAUUUUGGAGAGAAAAUUGGGCUGUAUUUUGCUUGGCUGGGGCUGUAUACAUCAUUCCUUAUCCCAUCUUCUGUCAUUGGGGUGAUCGUGUUUCUUUAUGGAUGUGCAACAAUUGAAGAGGAUAUUCCCAGCAAAGAGAUGUGUGACCACCAGAAUGCCUUUACCAUGUGUCCCCUGUGUGACAAGUCCUGUGACUAUUGGAACCUCAGCUCAGCCUGUGGGACUGCGCGAGCCAGCCAUCUCUUUGACAAUCCGGCCACUGUCUUCUUUUCCAUCUUCAUGGCUUUGUGGGCUACCAUGUUUCUGGAAAACUGGAAGAGACUACAGAUGCGGCUGGGCUACUUCUGGGACCUGACUGGGAUAGAAGAGGAAGAAGAACGUUCCAAGGAACACUCCCGGCCUGAGUAUGAAACCAAAGUACGAGAGAAACUGUUAAAGGAGAGUGGCAAGUCGGCUGUUCAGAAACUGGAUGCGAAUUCGCCUGUGGAUGACGAGGAUGAUGAAGAUAAACUCACCUGGAAAGACCGUUUCCCAGGAUACUUGAUGAACUUCGCCUCCAUCUUGUUCAUGAUUGCCCUGACAUUCUCCAUUGUCUUUGGGGUCAUUGUGUAUCGGAUCACAACUGCAGCUGCUUUGUCCCUCAGCAAGGCCACACGCUCCAAUGUCCGGGCGACAGUGACUGCGACAGCAGUCAUCAUCAACCUUGUGGUCAUCCUCAUCUUGGAUGAGAUCUACGGUGCUGUGGCCAAGUGGCUCACCAAAAUUGAGGUCCCGAAAACAGAGCAGACCUUUGAAGAACGCUUGAUCCUCAAAGCUUUCUUGCUAAAGUUUGUCAACGCCUACUCCCCCAUCUUCUAUGUGGCCUUUUUCAAGGGGAGGUUUGUGGGCAGACCUGGAAGCUACGUCUAUGUGUUCGAUGGUUACCGCAUGGAAGAGUGUGCUCCGGGAGGCUGCCUCAUGGAGCUUUGCAUCCAGCUCAGCAUCAUCAUGUUGGGGAAGCAGCUGAUCCAGAACAAUAUCUUUGAGAUUGGAGUCCCGAAGCUAAAGAAACUCUUUCGGAAGCUGAAAGAUGAGACAGAACCUGGAGAAAGUGACCCUGACCACUCAAAACGCCCAGAGCAAUGGGACCUGGACUACAGCCUCGAGCCAUACACUGGGCUGACUCCUGAAUACAUGGAAAUGAUCAUCCAGUUUGGUUUUGUCACCCUUUUUGUGGCCUCCUUCCCACUGGCACCAGUGUUUGCCCUCCUCAACAAUGUCAUCGAAGUGCGGCUGGACGCAAAAAAGUUUGUUACCGAGUUGAGACGCCCGGAUGCUGUGAGGACCAAAGACAUUGGAAUUUGGUUUGACAUUCUCUCUGGAAUUGGCAAGUUCUCUGUCAUCAUCAAUGCUUUCGUCAUCGCUGUCACCUCCGACUUUAUCCCCCGCCUUGUGUACCAGUACUCCUAUAGUCACAACGGGACUCUCCAUGGCUUUGUGAACCACACCCUCUCCUUCUUCAACGUCAGCCAGCUGAAGGAGGGAACACAGCCAGAAAACUCGCAGUUCGACCAGGAGGUUCAGUUUUGCAGGUUCAAGGAUUAUCGCGAGCCACCAUGGGCCCCAAACCCGUAUGAGUUUUCCAAGCAGUACUGGUCUGUUCUGUCGGCCCGUCUGGCCUUUGUGAUCAUCUUCCAGAACCUAGUGAUGUUCCUGAGUGUCCUUGUGGACUGGAUGAUUCCAGAUAUCCCCACAGACAUCAGUGACCAGAUCAAGAAAGAGAAGAGCUUGUUGGUGGACUUCUUCCUGAAGGAGGAGCAUGAGAAGGUCAAGCUGGCCGAUGAGCCUACCCAGAGGAGCCAGGGUGGCGGAGAUCGGAGCAGGAGGAGCCGUGCAGCCAGCUCUGCACCCUCAGGCCGGAGCCAGCCAGGCAGCAUAGCAUCCUCAGGGUCCCAGCACACCAACGUGUGA